AUGGUCCAUGCGUCACUCAAAGACAAACCACGCUACGAAGCACUAUCUUAUACUUGGGGCGACACAAGUAACAAAAGGGAUAUUUGUAUGAACGGGCACCGUUUUCCUAUAACACUAAAUCUACACAUCGCGUUCCAACACCUGAGAGAACAGAAUGGCGCACGGACGCUCUGGGUUGAUGCGCUGUGCAUUAAUCAGCAAAAUCUGCAAGAGAGGGCUGAACAGGUCUCAAAAAUGCGAGAUAUAUUCUGGUUAGCACAACGAGUACUGGCUUGGACGGGUGAGCCAGACGAGAGCGAUGAAGCUCUUGAGCUACUACAAGAACUGGGUCAUCCAUCUACCUUCAUGCGUUUGUAUGGAUUGGCAUCCAAGCCAAUGGCCUUUUUGAACGACGACUUCAGUCAUUGUUUGAACAAAUUUGAAUCGUUGUUUAGAUUUCUCAAUCGCCCGUACUGGAGUCGAGUGUGGGUGGUCCAGGAGCUUGCUAUUCCCGGUUCGAGAGCCGGUGACGUUGGCUGGUUGGAAAAGGACAAAGUUCAGAUUCGCUGCUGCUCGACGUGGGUUCCCUUUUCCACAUUUACUGUGGCUUGUGCAAGUCUGGUUCAGUUGAUUCCUGGUAUUCUUUCUUCGGUUGCGUGCCUCAGUCUCGCCAACCCUUUGGGUCAAACGAAUCCAGCCGGCCUUGACAUGUUUGGCGCUGUACAGUGCAGUAUACCAACCGCUUCGCGACAGGCGCCCAGCAUUUUAGAACUCUUACACUUAACUCACUGUCUGAAGGCGACCGACCCUCGCGACAAGUUGUAUGCCCUUAUAGCGCUUGCUAGAGAUGAGGAUCUCGCUUUGGUGCCAGAUUAUUCGAUCUCAGCGACACAGAUGUUCAGGGAGCUGGUACGACAUUCUAUCCUCACAGAUAACAACCUCAUGGUGUUAUCUGGAAAUCGAGUCUCGCCACCGGACACCGGUGAAGGUUCUUCCUCGUGGGCCCCGAAUCCUGAGAGGUUCGUCAACUCUCCAAAGUUGAAUUGGGAUCCCGCGACAACGACAUUCAACGCUUGUAACUCAAGGGCUCCAACCAUAUCAUUUUCUGACGACUUGAGACACCUCACCGCUAAAGGCAUAAUCGUAGACAGCAUUGACACCGUAAUUGGACCUUUCGAUUUUAAACAGUUUCCCGGGCUCUUCAGCGACGAUUGGUGUGCAUCAGAGUGGGCAAGCUCCUUCCGAGAAUUGGAACAAUACGGCUCAUCCUUAUCCAUGAGCGAGCGAGACAUAUUCUGGCGAACUCUGGUCUUGGAUUCUGGGAAGCUAGGCCACGGUGGCUUGGUGUCCCCGGCGCCAAAGGAAAUUGGGGAAUGGUUCGAAGUCAUGCUCAAUGGCUUCGCUGAAUCAGAUGCCGUUAGAGCGGAGCUUACCAAACUAUUUUACUCGCAGGCCGGCUUUGUGGAUCGGUGUUUCUACGCCACUGCUUCUGGAGGGAGGGGCAUAGGUCCUUAUGGAACAUUGCCAGGAGAUCUUGUGGCAAUCCUUUACGGAGGGCAAUUUUGUUACAUCUUGCGAGAAGUUAGCGAACACUAUGUCCUCGUUGGAGAUGCAUACCUUCACGGAGCAAUGCAUGGCGAACUGCUUGACCAAAGACGUCAAGAAGAGCGGAGAAAAUAUGAAGAAAAGGAUUUCGUUCUUUGGUAG